GGCGCACGAACUCAAAACUCACACGGCAUCAGCCUAUUCGCUAGAGAAGAACCAACGACUAGAAAAGCCAUGGGACUCCUGAUGAAAUCCUUUCUCGUGCUCUGCAUCGUGUGUUUCUGUCGAGGAGAUGACAUUCAUGCCGGUGAUUCAUUCACUUUAAAGAGACUUCACCUGACGGACGAGGCCGUGUUGGGAUUGCUAAGAAGAGUUGAAACCCUCGAAAGUGGACGAUCUAAUGUGUGCGCAGUACAAGGUUGGUGUGUUGUGUUCGACUUUGAAUCUGGCGUGACUGGAUGGACCACGAGUGGCAAAGCCUUCAACAAUCAGCCAACAWGGGGAGAUAAUCCCACAGCCAGAAAAAGAGGACAGCCAUCAAAGCACAGRGGAGAUUGGUGGAUUGGAACAUAUGAAAAUCGUCCAAGUGAAGCCCAUAAGCCUGGAGCGGURCAAGGUGACGGUCCCAAAGGAACUAUGACGUCACCAUCCUUUGUGAUCAAGGGAGACAAGAUGAGGUUCUUGAUUGGCGGAGGCUGUAACAUGGCAACUGAACGUGUGGAGCUGGUGGUCGAUGGAAAAGCUGUUGCCAAGGCGACUGGGAAGUGCAAUGAAACAUUGGCACCCCAUGUUUGGAGUCUCGACAAGUCCUUAAAGGGAAAAACAGCCCGCCUGCGAUUGGUUGACAAUAGCAGUAGUGGUUGGCGUCAUAUCAACUUCGAUCACUUUGAAAUGUUUGUUAGCGAUUAAUCCCAAACGACUGCGAACUGAACUUUUAAGGAUUCAUGCCCCCAAUCACAAAAACAGCCUUUUUUCAAAUUUUUAAACUGAAUUGUACUUUAUCAAUUCAAAAUAACUUUUGCUGAGCUAUACAAACAGUCACAGAAACCGAAUCUAUUCGUACAGCUAUUUCAAGAAACGUUGUAAGGGAGAGACUAUAGUUAGACUAUUUUGACAAACAAAAUUUCACUUAUUGUAGUCACCUUGCAUAGAAAUGGAGAUUAAAUGCAGCCAAUGUUUACCACACA